UCUGCAUCCACGAUCCACCAGCUCAACAGCAACAUCUGUCAGCUGUGCAUCCAACUGGAGGCCUUCGCCUGCUGUGCUCAGGCGCUGGGCCGCGAUUUCCGUCCCUUGUUGACGACCUGGCUGUAUCCUGUGCUGGAGAAAGCUGGUGAGGAGACGCUGCUGGUCAGCCAGGCGGCGCUGAGCUCCAUAUGGAACAUCAAUAAGAGACUCAGCCAGCAUCCACAGGCUCCACCGGUGUUGACAGUUCUGUUGAUUCACUCUGACUGCAGCCUGCUGGUCGGGGACAUGGUUCAGGAUCUGGAUCUCAGCUACGAGCGCACAGCUGCUCUUUUCUGCUCCGCGCUGCACGCGCUGAUGAAGGCACUGGCGAGGUGGUUUCCUUCCACUUGUAGCAGGACCAGUACGUCUGCCAGCUCCAAUCAAAGCUCCGGUGACCAGGAAGACCUCAGCAUUCUCCAAUUCCUGCUGAAUUACCGCAAACAGAAAGAACUGGCAGAGGGCAUUGGAAUAGAGGACGAUGACACUGAAGACCGAGCUACAUCCACUUCUCAAGCGCCACAGCCUGUUCAGCAGAGCUGCAUAAUGUUAAGAAGCCACAGCCUUCUGAUGUUACAGGCAACAGACCGACCAAUGGGAAUGAUCUGGCUGGAUGUGGCAAGUCUGAGACCAUUUGACCUGGUGAUUCCAUUCACCAUCCAGAAAGGAGAGGUCACAGGUGAGGUCCGAAUGGCAUCAGGCAAAGUUGCUAAGCUUGACAUCACAGACAACAACGAUGGCACAGUUGCUGACAAGUACGCUCCCACAGAGGCCGGUCUGCAUGAGAUGGAUAUCAAAUACGAUGGCACCCACAUCCCAGGAAGUCCCUUGCAGUUCUACAUGGAUUGCAUGAACGGUGCCUAUGGCCCUGGCCUUAUCCACGAUCCAUCUGGAGAUGUUCCAAGACUACAUGCCUGGAAACAUUCUGCCCGAAACCCACUGCUCAGCUGCAGAUAUUCCACUGGACAUAGGAGAGCUUGACCUCAUAAUGACCUGUCCCCUCCCACCCCCUGCAUGAGACUGUACGAGCAUUGAGCAGCUCCUUCAGCAGUGGACUUUUACACCCACAGUGUAGGAAGGAGCGCGACCGCAGGUCAUUCUUACCAGCAGCUGUCAGACUCUAUAAUCCAGUUUAACAUGGUUAUCUCACUCAUCACCUGUUUAAUUGACAUAUCAAAUGUUUUUAAUUGCUGCUGCUCACUUUACAGCUUGUUUC